AUGAAAAUUGAUAUUCAUAGCCACAUUCUACCUAAGGAAUGGCCUGACCUGAAAAAGAGGUACGGAUAUGGUGGAUGGGUACAGCUGGAUCAUCACUGCAAGGGACAGGCGAAGAUGAUGAAGGAUGGAAAGGUUUUUAGAAUUAUUCAAGAGAACUGCUGGGAUCCAGAAGUACGGAUUAAAGAGAUGGACCUAUCAGGAGUCACAGUCCAAGUCCUUUCCACAGUCCCUGUCAUGUUCAGCUACUGGGCCAAACCUCAGGAUACUUUAGAUCUAGCCCAGAUAUUAAAUAAUGACUUAGCUGCUACAGUAAAAAAGUGCCCCAAGAGGUUUAUCGGCUUGGGUACGUUACCUUUGCAAGCUCCAGACCUGGCUGUGAAGGAAAUGCAUCGCUGCGUGAAUGAACUUGGAUUUCCUGGAGUACAAAUAGGAUCUCAUGUCAAUGAAUGGGACCUGAAUGCACCAGAACUGUACGAUAUUUAUGCUGCUGCUGAACAAUUAAAUUGCUGUCUCUUUGUGCAUCCCUGGGACAUGCAGAUAGAUGGAAGGAUGUCCAAAUAUUGGUUUCCCUGGCUAAUAGGCAUGCCAACAGAAACAACCAUAGCCAUUUGCUCCAUGAUUAUGGGAGGAAUUUUUGAAAAAUUUCCUAAGCUGAAAGUUUGCUUUGCCCAUGGAGGUGGAGCUUUUCCAUACACAGCGGGGCGAAUCUUCCAUGGAUUCAACAUGCGCCCUGAUUUGUGUGCAGUGGAUAAUAAGGUGGAUCCAAGAAAAUACCUUGGUUCAUUUUAUACAGACUCUCUUGUCCAUGAUCGUGGUGCACUAAGGCUGCUAACAAGUGUAAUAGGAGAGGACAAAGUUAUUUUGGGGACAGAUUACCCUUUUCCACUUGGGGAACUGGAACCUGGAAAAUUGAUUGAUUCGAUGGAAGAUUUUGACAAUAAACUGAAGGACAAACUCAAGGCUGGCAAUGCUCUGGAAUUUUUGGGUCUUAGCAGAAAACAAUUUGAAUAA